AACAGGACCACGAGGAGAUGGAUGAAGAAUUACGGCUGGAGACGGCUCGAGAACUUUUAGCCCGGGGUUGUGCAGAACUUGUUCGCCGCGACGCUCCUCUGGAGCCAGCUUUGCAGCUUAUAGAAGCGGCGCUAUUCAUUUCGCCGACGCUACGGAGCUGUGCGAUGAACCACCAAAUUGACAUCUUUUCGAUUUCUCCUUUCAUUCUCAGUGGGAACGAGGGUUUGCUCUCUACUAUAAGGGAGCUUGGGCCGCUGCUGCAGAUCAAUUCAGUGCUUGCUGUCAAGUCGAUCCAGACGACCUGGAGCCUUACCUGUGGAGAUGCCUCGCCGAUGCCAAAGGGGAGGGCGGCGUGGGAGGGGGCGAGGGCGGGCUUGCACGACGGAUUCAAGGGGCACGACAGGCGGGUGGGCAUGAUGAACAUCUUGUCGCUUUUUUUGGAAGAAGAGGAAGAACAUGGAGUGCGAGGCAGCGACGAAGAAGGGAAGGAAAAGAGGCUGAGAGCCGUCCAGGCGGUGCUGGAGUACGGAGAGGGAGACUGCCAUGCUUCCCAGCGCAUAUCUUUCGCCUGCGCGUUGUAUUUGGAGGCGCGUGGGAUGGAAGAAGAGGCCCUUGCUGUGUUGGAAGAGGUGACAUCACGGAAGGAGGACGGGGAUGUCUACAUGCGGGAGAUGGCGCGAAAUCAUCUCCGGGUCUUGGGCCGGCGGCUGGCGUCCCAAGUCCUGCCUUGUGCGAGUGCGGGGAAAGCGACCAGAAGUCAGGAAAGGAAGAGGGUUUUUGAGACUCCACGGGUGAUCAAAGGGGGCUGGCAGCUAUCGGCGGGCCACACCAUGGUUUCAGUGCAUGCUGGAGGAGGAGGGAGCGAUGGAGGGGCGGGAGGGGCCCAUGGCGGGGAAGAGGGCCGCCCGGCCCCCUUCAAGGCUUUGGAGCGCGCAGCCGCCGCAGCUCGUGUCUUUGCCGCCCCACGCUCGCUGGCAGCACCCGAAGAGGAACCGUCGGAAGAGGCUGCCAGGACGGAGAUGGCGGCUUUGGUGGACCUAGAAGGGCACGCCCAGGCCGGCAUCACGGCCUUCGACGCGGGGGAUAUUUACACCGGAGUGGAACGCCUGCUGGGGCGGUUUUGGCGCGAACACCAUCCCACCUACACAGCCCCCCGGCCCAUCCAGAUCCAUACC